AUGUCUGCUCGUGUUAAUAACGAUGCUGAAGUUUUAACAAAAAUAUCUGAUAAAACAUCUAAUAAAAAGGCAAAAGUCGAAGAUAUCCGUGGUAGUAACAUCAGAAGUGGGAUUUGGUUAUACUUUGAUUCUGUGUCUAUUAAUAAUGAGAAAUAUGAGGUUUGUAAAGUUGAAACAGUAAAGGAAAAAA